UUGAUCUUUGUGGUGGACAGCAAUGACAGAGAGCGUGUGAAUGAGGCCCGCGAGGAGCUCAUGAGGAUGCUGGCUGAGGAUGAGCUGCGGGACGCUGUCCUCCUGGUGUUUGCCAACAAGCAGGACCUCCCAAAUGCCAUGAACGCAGCCGAAAUCACAGACAAGCUGGGGCUGCACUCGCUACGUCACAGGAACUGGUACAUUCAGGCCACCUGUGCCACCAGCGGGGACGGGCUCUAUGAAGGACUAGACUGGCUGUCCAAUCAGCUCCGGAACCAGAAGUGAACCAGAACUCCCCCCCACCCCCUCACUUUCUCCUCUCCGCCCUCGCUUUCCUCUCAUGUGGCAAACGUGCGACUCUGUGGUCCUGAGUGCCAGAAGCUGUCUCCAUGGGUUGGUCAGUGUGCAUCGCACCGUGCUGUACAUGUGCAGACGCAGCCUGCAGCCAGGUUUUUAUUUAAUGUAAAUAGUUUCUGUUUCCACUGAGGCAGUUUCUGGUACUCCUAUGCAAUAUUACUCAGCUUUUUUAUUGUAAAAAAGAGAAUCAAUUCACUGUCAGUACUGAGGAGGGAUUUAGGCAUGUGGGCACCUGGGCUCCAGGAGCUCCUGGGCUGUAGAUUGGUGUUGGGAUCCAUUUGGUGGUUGGUUUUUAACCCAAACUCAGUGCAUUUUUUAAAAUAGUUAAAAAUACAAGAUAAGGAGAACAYUUGAACACACAGAAGGGAGACUAUGCCUAGUGUACAGCCUGAAUGCUAGUCCAUCGGAUCAGCUGUUCCCCUGUGGGAACACAAAGACGGUGACACAAACCGCCAUCCACUGCAUGGUCCCAGUAGAGACCCCGUGACUCRCCUGUCUUUGGGUCACUUGCAUUCCAUAGCGUUGUGCUUGUACUUGUGCUCACACAGUCACCUGGGGGCGGGCUGGGAGAGCCAUUGCAGGGGACACGGCCCAGAUGCGCCCUUUGUUGGCGUGUGGCCAGAGCAGUAACCCAUGUUCCCAGCACCCACUCACUCUUGCACCUGCUCAGCCCGCUGGCAGGAGGUCUGGGUCUCACCAGCAUGAGUGCGUACAAGCUGGGAGGGUUGGUCCACUCCAGACCCACAGGUCCCGGAGCACCCCCAUCUCCAUGUGUGAAGUAGCUUCCUCCCUCAGCCUGCAAGGGUCCGAUUU